AGAACUUGAAACGCUCGAAAGAAGUUGACAAUGAAGGAGUCCGAGAGGGCCCCACGAAAGGCGAGGGGACGUAAGACCUUAUACUGUGGCGGUGCUGCAUACGCUAGCCUUGAAUUGCGCAAUCCCCCACUGCUUUCACAUUCACUUGACAGAACACAGUCGCGUUGUGCACAGCAAAUCCACUUUCUGUACCCUCAAUUCUUGACCGUCUAUCUCAGAUCAUUCAUAUUCAGGAGCUUGCUUCAGAGCAUUGGACGCUAUGGAGGUCUUCUUGGUUGCGGCGCCCGUGUUUGCGCUGAUCUACUUUGUUGCCUACUUCCGGUGGUUCAAGUUCCUGAAGGGGACCGAUCGCGCGGACGCGUCUAGUUGCUGCAUGAGCCUUCUCCAUGGCGCAGUGACCGCGUAUUUUGCAUGUCGCGAGUGCCUCAUCCGACCGUGGCUGCUUGCUGCCCCAAACACCCCCCUCCAAAACAAAAUUCUCGAGUUCAGCCUAGCCUACUUUGUAGUGGAUAGCGUCCAUCUCCUCACUCUGUCCCCAGACACACUUUUCAUUCUCCACCACAUCGGGGGGAUCGUUUACAUGCUCACGUCCCGAGCUUAUGUAAAGCGCGGGGCCCUGUCAGCCCUGUCGCUUAUGGGCGCCGGAGAGCUUACGAGCCCGCUGCAAAACACAUGGACCUUGUCCAGGCUCUGUAAAAAGCACAGCCCGUUUGCAGAGAAGGUCUACCAGGCAAUAUCACUGCCGUUUACUCUGGUGUAUACCAUAGUCAGGCUAGGUCUUGGGCCCUAUCUUGUUUAUGAAGUUGCGCAGUUUUACGUGCGUGGGGGAGCAGAUGGAGUCGUUCCGCGGUGGCUCGCAUACACGUGGUCGGUUAUCAUAACGCUCGCUGAGUUAGGGAGUUUAGUGUGGGUGUACAUGCUCUGGGCUGGGCUCAUACGAUUCUACAAGCGGAGAAAGCAGGCCGAGACGAAGAAGGUCGGAUGAUUUGUGGAUUGAGUGGUCAAGUUGGGCGUUUCGCCCAAAGCUAGCGCUCAUCAUUGAUGCUGAGCAGAGCAACAGAUUUUGAUACUAUCGAGAAUCAUUUGUAAGGAUACGUGGCCAGAAAAUGGAGAAGCUGCAGGAAAACUGCAAGUACAAAAAUAGACUUGUAAUGAUUUCCAUAUGUCAAUGGGAUUAAUAUGUUUUCUUGCUAUUGACUUGAACAAUCCUUUGGUCGUUGCGCCG